GCCCGAAAAAUCAGUCCGCACCUCUACCGUUUCCUCACAACAUGUAUCCACAGAACAACAGUUAAUGCAAGAGAACUUCGUAAAGAAUGUUACUAUUGGAAAACAAUUGUCGUAUUAGAACAAUUCAUACCACGACUCGGUGUCGCUUCGGCCCGCCGACUGGAUCCGGCGCAAGUAGGAGCAAGAAAGUUCUUCCUUAGGAGACUUAUCGGAACCAUCACGUAUUACGACGAAUCCUCAAUAAAUCGCGUAUAUGCUGUGACAAUAAACCCUCAAUUUGUUAAUCGCCUCCGAAAUUGUUAUUCUUGAUGUGAAUUUUGAUCUAACCAAUCGCAGAUGCCCACUUCGCGUAUGAAUUGCGCAUUCUUGACUACUAUUGCGAACUGAUACCGGCAAUGGCAAAACAUUUAAAACCAGCCGUGGAAGCACUUGUUGUUCCGUACAAACUCUCACCGCGUGAAUAUCUCGCAACAAUCACCUUCAGCCGACGGGUUUCUCUAUUUUCAGUUAUAUUUUCCCGUUCCGUCAUUGAACAGUAAACAACUGUUUCCUACGCCUUCACCUUAAAUUUCCCUGCUCACAGCUUCUCCCUUAAACUCACAUCGAAAAUGGUAGAGUCGAAGCAUUUUGAGACUCUUCAAUUGCACGCUGGUCAAGAGGUUGAUCCUACUACUCGUUCCAGAGCAGUUCCCAUUUAUGCAACUACCUCUUAUGUUUUCCGCGACAGCGACCACGGUGGUCGUUUGUUCGGUCUUCAAGAAGGCGGUUACAUUUACUCUCGUAUGAAUAACCCUACAAGCGACGUCUUUGAGAAGAGAAUGGCCGCUCUCGAGAACGGUGCCGCUGCAGUCGCCACCAGUUCUGGUCAAUCCGCCAUCUUCAUGGCCCUCACAACUUUGGCUGCUGCCGGAGACAACAUUGUGUCCACUUCUUUCCUCUACGGUGGUACUUACAAUUUGUUCAACACUACUCUUCCCCGCUUGGGUAUCACUACCAAGUUCGUUGAGGGCGACAACGCUGACGAUCUUGCCGCUGCUAUCGAUGAUAACACCAAGGCUGUGUACGUCGAGUCUAUUGGCAACCCCAAGUACAAUGUCCCCGACUUGGAGAAGAUUGCCAAGAUCGCCCACGCUGCUGGUGUGCCCUUGGUUGUUGACAACACUUUUGGUGGCGGUGGAUACCUGAUUCGUCCCAUCGACCACGGUGCUGAUAUCGUUUGUCACUCCGCUACCAAGUGGAUUGGUGGCCACGGUACCACCGUUGGCGGUGUCAUGGUCGACAGUGGAAAGUUCGACUGGGUCAAGAACGCCAAGCGUUUCCCUCAGUUCGUUGAGCCUAGCCCUGGUUACCACGGUAUGGUGUUCAGUGAAGCCUUUGGCAAUGUUGCCUUUGCUGCUGCUUUCCGUACCUUGAGUCUUCGUGAUUUGGGUGGUAACGCCAAUCCCUUUGGUACUUUCCUGUUGAUCCAAGGUUUGGAGACUCUCUCCCUCCGUAUGGAGCGUCAUGUUAGCAAUGCCCUUGCCUUGGCCAAGUACUUGGAGAAGCAUCCCCAAGUUGCUUGGGUCUCCUACCCUGGUCUUGCCUCUCACCCUUCCCAUGAGAUUGCCAAGAAGUACCUGAAAAACGGUUUUGGAGCUAUGUUGAGUUUCGGUGUCAAGGGCGGUGCCGAUGCUAGCAAGAAGACUGUCAACCGUCUCAAGUUGGCUAGUCAAUUGGCCAAUGUUGGUGAUGCCAAGACUUUGGUUAUCGCUCCUGCCUACACUACUCAUUUGCAGCUUACCGACGAGGAGCAAUUGAGUGCCGGUGUCACGAAGGAUUUGAUCCGUGUCGCUGUUGGUAUUGAGCACAUUGAUGACAUUGUUGCCGAUUUUGAGCAAGCUCUUCAGUUCGAGUAAGAUGACCAAUGUACAUGUAUGAACUGUUGCUUCAAACAUCUUCGGGUGCUGUUGAACGCAAAGAAAAAGUACACAGGUAAUCCUGGGUUUUUUGUCCACGGUACAGAAAUUGUAAGACAAUCUGUACCGGAAUAAGUUACGAAUUUAAAAGGUCUUUCAUUUUUUUACAUCUAAUAGAUUACACGUUCAGUUUAUUUUUCUAGUUUUAUUAAAAGCGAAGCGGUUCGAGGAAUUGUUGAGUGUGAAUCCAAAGAUUGGAUGCGAGAGCGGUG